UCUGACUGUUACUAGGGUUGGAGGUGUUAUGGAGAAAGCUGUGGUGCAUGUUGCCCUCGCUGGGCUGCUGCUGACUUUUACUUCCACGCUACCAAACAAGGAUGACUGGAACAUCUACACCUUUCACAUUAACUCCACAGUGAGCGGCCGUUAUGCCACCACUGUCAUCACGAGCCGUGUGGCAAAUCGUAUGGACGAGUCAAAGGAAAUAGAAUUCCACGUUCGUAUUCCCAAAAAUGCCUUCAUCACUAAAUUCAGAAUGUUCAUGGAUGGUGAGGUGUACGAUGGUGUGGUGAAAGCUAAGGAACAAGCUCAGCAGCAGUACACUGACGCUGUGUCUCGUGGUCAAAGUGCCGGCAUUGUCAGUUCUGUGGGCAGGACCCUCGAGGAAUUUAAGACCUCUGUCAAUGUGGCUGCACACAAAAAGGUGACGUUUGAGCUGACGUAUGAGGAACUGCUGAGACGUCAACUUGGCAAAUACGAGCUGCAAAUCCACGCUCAACCCAUGCAGCCAGUCAAAGACUUCAAGAUUGACGUGCACAUUCAUGAGAAAGCAGGGAUCAGUUUCCUUGAGGUUAAAGGAGGACUCAGUACCAAAGCCCUGGCUAAUGCCAUCACUAAAACACUUACUGACAAAGAGGCAUGGGUGUAUUUCUACCCAACAGAGGACCAACAGAAAAAUUGUGACAGCUGUGGAGAACAAGGCAUGAAUGGAGAUCUGGUUAUUGUUUAUGAUGUCAACAGAGACAACUUACUAGGAGACAUCAAGAAGUCAGAUGGAUAUUUUGUCCAUCACUUUGCCCCCGUUAGUCUUCCUGGCAUACCAAAGAAUGUUGUCUUUGUUAUUGACCGAAGUGGCUCCAUGGCUGGCAAGAAAAUAGAACAGACCCGAACAGCAUUAAUCCACAUCUUGGGUGAGCUGGCAGAAGAAGACUUCUUUGGUCUUAUCACCUUUGAUGGCAACAUUGCUCACUGGAAACAAGAACUUGUUCAGGCAACCAAGGAAAACGUGGACAGUGCAAAGAGUUUUGCUAAAAAAAUUACAGACAGAGGAGCCACAGACAUUAAUGCAGCAGUGUUGGAAGGAACUCAUAUGCUGAAUGCCCAUGAAAGAGAAGGUUCAGCUUCUCUCCUUAUACUUCUUACUGAUGGAGACCCAACUGUCGGGGAAACAAAUCCAGAGAAAAUCCGCUCAAAUGUAAGAAAGGCAAUCGGUAAGAAAUUCCCACUCUACUGUCUCGGCUUUGGUUUUGAUGUCAGUUUUGAGUUCCUUGAGAAAAUGGCUUUAGAGAACAGUGGUAUGGCACGACGGAUUUAUGAAGACUCUGAUGCUGACUUACAGCUGAAGGGAUUCUAUGAGGAGGUGGCCACUCCUCUGUUAAUAGAUGUAACAAUGACUUAUGCUGGUGGCACCAAUCUGACCCAGACAACCUUCAGCCAGUAUUAUAACGGCUCUGAGAUCGUGGUGGCCGGUCAGAUCACCAACAACAACAUAGAAGAGUUCACACCGCUGGUUGUGGCCAUUUCAAAGAGCAAAAAGCUAACUUUUGUUGACAACAAUGCCACCGUGGAAUCCACUGGAACAACUGCAGAUAAACGUGUCCAGAGGAUUUGGGCCUACCUCACAGUGAAACAGCUACUGGACAAAGAGUUGCAGUUAUCAGGACAUGAGAAGGAGAAAGUGAAGAAAGAGGCCUUGGAUCUGUCUCUGAAGUACAGCUUUGUGACUCCUCUCACGUCCAUGGUGGUCACCAAGCCUCCAGGAGAGAACAUAGAGGUGCUCCAUAAACCCAAAGAGGGUCAGCCACCAGAAGAAAUUGAAAUGCACAGUGCACAUGGACAACCAUUUUUUGCACAGAGAGCACCACUACGUCCAGGUGGCAAACGGUUCGGGUUAAAGAAACAGUCAGUUUCUUCUCGCACAAUUGGUGGUGGUGCUGGUCUUGGAGGUGGUGCUUGGAGUGAUGUUUUUAUGCGACCACCAGUUGUUCCAAAUUUCUUAAUGAUCAUAGAUGUAAUUCCCACAGCUCCAGAUGUGGUGCCCACAGUGGUUCCAACAGUGGAACACACAUUUUUGUUAAAAGCUGAGAAUCAGUCUCAUCCGAUCUGUUUUGAUAUCAUUGGAAGAACUAAACUUAAACUGCUUCAAGAUCCCAGCAGCAAGCUGUCUGUCAAUGGUGAGCUUGAUUCAGCACCGGGCUUCAAAAAGAUUGUCAUCCACUACAAACCUGAUUCUCACGUUCAGAUCGAUGCCAGUGAAAUCAGCAUCCACGAUGAACAGAACGUGACAUUUUACAGCUGGUCUGAAAAUACCAUCACUGCUGGAAGUGUGACGCUGAUUUGUCGGGACAAGGAGAUCGACAUUUCAGGCAGCAACUUUCGUAUGGUCAUCUUUCUUCACCAGAAACAAAUGAUGAAAUUCCUCUGGCUGGUUCUGAGACAGGCGACAUUCAGCAAUGCUGAAGGACUUUUAGCUGUAAAGACACCAGAUUUCAAGGUGCUCCUGAAAGCUCACUCACCAACAAUAAAGAUCCAAACCGAGGAGACUGAUGUUAAGAGAGCUAUAGCUGUGGACUACAGCAUCCCAUCUGCACCAGCGAUGGAGUGCUGGCACUCGCCGGCUGAAGUCGCUUUGCAGAGGCCUCUGGAUGUUUUUAUUGUCCAUCAACUUUAACAAGCUGCGAGAGACUGGCAUCUUGUCCAGAGUGUACCACGCCUCUCGCCCUGUGACCACUGGGAUAGGCUCUGGCUCGACCAUGACUUGUAAUUGUAAUAAGCGAGAAAACAAAAUGAAUGAAUGAACUUUAACAAGUCAAAUCCUUGAAUAAAUGAAGAAGGCAAACACUGUUUCAUGAAACACUGGUUGAAAACAAACAGUCCACAUGUUGCAGAUAGAAACAAAUAAAUUGUACCACAGAUCUUUGGUUUCAUUGUC